GGAAAUCAAGUUAGUUUCCACGCUGGAUUCCCGGAUGGUACCUGACGAUUCCGUUUGGCAGACCGUCAUCAUCGUCCUCAGGGAUGAUGUGUAUCUUACUGCAUCGACCAGGGCAACAGACACGGAAGAUGUCGAUCUGGGUAGUGGGUCGAUACCGAAACUGCAUCUGCGAUCUAUCCACCCUGCGUAUUAUUUCCUAUCCCCAGUGUGCUGGUCACAUUACGGGGCGUUUUGUCGGGACAGCCAUGGACUAGGCCUGUGGUGAUCAUUGUGUCAUGGCGCCAAAGUGGUAGGCCCUUGCGGUCGUAGUCUCCCAAGGUGGUUUGUAUAAGUAGUAACGAUGUAGUUCCUCGUAGUUGAGGAUACUCGGCCCUUCUUGGACACUCAUACCCAUACUCUUCCUUCCUACAACUCGGUUGUACUUAUAAGGUGGACAAAGGGUAUUUUCUUUUUCUUCCCUUUAAUCUUCAUCAUGGGCGUAAUAGGACGCGCCAUAGUAGAGGUCAGCUCCAAACUCACAGGUGUUGUCGCGAGCUUGACCCAAGAGAAAACAAAUGGUUCAUCACGACUGGGAACGUUUCUCUUUCCACUUCUAGCAUUUUUCUUGGGCAAUCUAACACCAGAUGGGCAAUAUCCAUGGGGAAACCUAACCGACUGGGGCAACAACCAAUACACCGAGUGUCCUAUAACAGGAGCAGUGAGGACGUACGACUUUGUCAUCAGCCGAGGAGUCAUUGCACCGGAUGGAUACCAACGGGACGUCUUACUAGUCAACGGCGCCUUUCCAGGGCCCCUGAUCGAAGCGAACUGGGGUGACAAGAUUGUCGUCAAUGUCUUCAACAACAUUUCUUCUCCGGAGGAGGGCACAUCAGUCCACUGGCACGGUUUCCUCCAACAAGGUACUCCAUGGGACGACGGCGCACCGGGAGACACCCAAUGUCCCAUCGCUCCCGGCAAAAGUUACACCUACGAGUUCAUAGCUAGUCUCUACGGCACUUCCUGGUACCACGCCCACUACUCAGCGCAAUACGCAGGUGGCAUCGUCGGUCCCAUCGUCGUCCACGGCCCCACCCAGGCCAAGUACGACAUCGACCUCGGCCCCGUCAUGCUUAGCGACUGGUACCACCGCCCUUACUUCGAUCUGAUCAAAGACAUGCUCGCCCCCGGUGGCUCGCCCCGUGUGCCCUCCGACAAUAACCUUAUCAACGGCAAGAUGAAUUUUGACUGCGACGCCGCCGCCGCCGCGGGCGACAAAACCCCCUGCACCCCCAACGCGGGGAUCUCCAAGUUCAAGUUCCAAACCGGCAAGACCCACCGCCUCCGGCUCGUGAACUCCGGCGCCGACGGCGUCCAGCGCUUCUCCAUUGACGGCCACACCAUGACCGUCAUCGCGAAUGACUUCGUCCCCGUCAAGCCUUACAACGUGACCGCCAUCUCCCUGGCUGUCGGCCAGCGCGCCGAUGUCCUCGUUACCGCCAACGCUGCUGGCAGUGACCCCAAGUCUGCCUUUUGGAUGCGUUCCGACCUGACCAAGUGCUCCGCCGCCAAGCAACCUAUCGCUCUAGCAGCCGUUUACUACGACCAAGCCGACCCGGACAUAGCGCCGACUAGUCAACCGUGGGCAGACGCGGGCGAUCCGGAGAGGGAUUGUGGCGCGAGCGAUGAUUUGGAUAAGAGGGAGCCGCUUUAUCCGAUUCCCGUCAGGGGCGAGCCGGCGGUGACGAAGGAGAUGAAGAUCGAGGCGUACAGGAACGCGUCGGAUGUUUUUCUGUGGAAGUUCGGUGGUGUGAGUACGAGGGUGGAUUAUAAUCACCCGGCGUUGGAUAUGGUGGUCAAAGGGAAUAUGAGUUUCCCGGAGGUGUGGAAUGUGAGGGAUUUUGGGGCGGCGAAGACGGUUAGGCUGGUCGUGUUAAAUAAGGGGCCUGGAACACACCCAAUGCAUCUCCACGGGUAUAACUUCUACGUCCUCUCCUCCGGCCCCGGCGACUGGGACGGCAAGACGAUUGUCCGCCCUUCGAACCCCGUGCGACGAGACGUCGAGAUUGUCAGACCCUGGGGGCACUUGGUGCUGCAGUUUGACGCGACGAACCCGGGCGUGUGGGCGUUCCAUUGCCAUAUCGCGUGGCAUGCGUCGGGAGGGUUCUUCUCGAGCUUCGUGACUCAGCCGGAGGAGGUGAGGAGGCGAUGGGGUGGGAGCGGGAUGCCGCCGAAGAUGGAGCAGGUGUGUAGGGAGUGGGAUGCGUGGAGCCAGAUCAACGUUGUUGAUCAGAUUGAUAGUGGGUCAUAAGGAGGGAAGGGAAGGUGGAGGAUAUGAUGGCUGGGAGCGAACUAGGUAAUUUGGUUAUGGGAGUUUGGUGUACUUUGUUUGGGCUUUUUGUUUUGGUACAUUUCUAAUACCCUUUUUGUUUGAAUCAUAAUUCUUCUG